AUGCCCAAACCUUUGUACGAGUGCGCGUCGCCACACCUCCCGCCUAUUCGGAUUGACCUCAGUGAUAUUCCGAUUGAUUACACUGACGAGCAAUAUUUACAUGCUCGGAGCGCCGUCGAGGCGUACUGGAAGCAGGCCUAUAAUAUGACAAAGGUCGAACAGAUGGAAUAUCAACAACUGAUCAAGGAAGAGCUGUACAAGAAGGAAGGAAAACUGGUAACCAGACCAAGCGACCACAAUGUGUAUAGAGCCUGCCGAAAGAAGCCGAAUUGGGCAAGGUUUAUCUUUAUCCAUGCAAUCUAUGACGCCUUGGAGUUACUUGAUAGACACCUCCUGGAGGAACACCACUAUACCAGCGUCGACUGA